AUGGGUUCGACGGAGGAGAGUUAUGCCAAAUUGGCCAAGUAUUGCCACAACAUGGCAGAAUCGCUUCAAGUAUUUUUUAUGGCUCUUGGACAAUGCAUUAGAGGUUUUCGAAAUGCGAUGCAACAUCUAAUUCUAGUUGAUGGUACAGCCCUAAAAGCUAGAUAUGAAGGGAAAUUGAUUAUUGCUACAUUUCAAGACGCCAACAUCCAAAUUUACCCUCUGACAUUUGGCAUUGUCGAUGGAGAGACUGAUCUAGCAAUGCGUUGGUUCUUCACUAAGCUAAGAGAAGUAAUUGGGGACAUCGAGAACCUUGCAUUUGUGACUGACCGGGGGCAGUCAAUAAUAAAUGGUAUAGCCGAAGUUUUUCCAGAAGCACAUCAUAGUUAUUGCAUGUACCGGAUUCAGGGCAACCUGAAGAUUAGGUACCGGGGCAGUGGCAUCAUUGCAUUGUUUAGGAGAGCUGCAGAAGCUUACAGUUUUGAAGAGUUUACGAAGUUCAUGGGCGAAAUAAAACAUAAGUCAGAAAGUUGGUUUUAUGACCGACGUGAGGAAUCCCAGAAUUGCAAGAGUGUACUAGCUCCGGCACAGGAAGAUCGACUAUUCAAAACUCAAGAAGUGGCAAAAGCUUUAUUUGUGGAACCACUAGAUCAAUUUCACUUCUUCGUGAGAUACGGUCGUAAUGUUGGAUACAUUGUAGACUUUAAUGACAAUACCUGCACGUGUAGACAAUUUCAGUUGGAGAGUUUUCCAUGUGUGCAUGCUGUCGCAGUGGCUAUGUAUAGAGGAUUUCAACCACACAUCUUAUGCAGUCAUUAUUAUAUGGCUGAUUUUUGGAGAGCAGCAUAUGCCGAAACUAUAUUUCUUCUACCAAAUGAAGUCGAGUGGGAAGUUCCUGAUUAUAUUGUAACACUUAAUAAUUUGUUGUCACCUGAAGUUCCACCGCGUACUCCUGGUCAUAGACGGACGUCUAGAAUACAAUCUACAGGAGAGUUUCCACAACGGUGUAAGUGCGAGAGGUGCGACGCUACAGGACAUACACUUCGAUUUUGUACAAGUCAGAUCCCACUAAGCAAUGACUCGAUGGAUGUGUAG